AUGACGCAAAAUGAUCCUAUAACUAUUGGUGUCUUAACAAGUGGAGGAGAUGCGCCAGGCAUGAACGCUGCCAUCAGAGCUGUUGUUCGUACAGCGUCAUAUGCUGGCUAUCAAAUUACAGGCAUUCGUAACGGAUACAAUGGCAUUUUCGAUCAAGAAUUUCAGCCCUUAACAACAAGAUCUGUAUCAAAUAUACUCCAACAAGGUGGUACCUUCUUAGGAACUGGGCGUUGCCAACAGUUUCUUACUCCAGAAGGACGUCAAGAAGCAGCAGCUAUUUUAAAAAAACAGAAUAUUAAUACACUUAUUGUCAUUGGAGGCAAUGGUUCUUAUCGUGGUGCAGCAGCAUUGCAUCACGAAACAGGGUUACGUAUCGUUGGUAUUCCAGCAUCUAUUGAUAACGAUGUUGGUGGUACCGACUUUUCCAUCGGCUUUGAUACAGCUGUAAAUACAGCAUUAGAUGCCAUUGACCGAAUCCGCGACACAGCAUUUAGCCUGGCUCGGGUUUUCUUUGUUGAAGUAAUGGGACGCCAAAGCGGUCAGCUUGCAGCGGCAAUCGGCUUAGCUAGUGGAGCAGAGGCUGUUAUUGUUCCAGAAAGACACACAGACGUACAACAUUUAACCGACCUAAUAGAUACCGGUUUUGAUGUUGGCAAAAAAGUUGCCAUUAUCGUUGUUGCAGAAGGUAACGAAACAGGAGGUGCAACCAACCUAGCGACACAGGUCACACAGAGUGCCCGUCAUGAUCUAAAAGUUCGUGUUGUAAUUCUAGGCCAUAUACAACGUGGAGGUUCGCCAACAGCUAGCGACCGUCUAUUGGCUUCACGUUUAGGUGUUUAUGCCAUCCAAACGUUAAAAGAAUCUCAACUAAGCUAUGUCGUUGGUUUAACCCAGGGAGUCGAAACAGCAACCCCCUUAACAAAUAUCAAUCAACAAGAACCAAAACUGAAUACAGGUGCAAUGCGUGCCCUGCUAGAACGUCCACUGCCCUGGCGCCAAAUUGCCAAACAAAUAGAAACAGCUGGUGUUCGCAGCUUCAGCAUCAUCUUUUUAACAGGUCUGUUUAGCGGUAUGGUUUUAGCCCUACAAGGUGCCUUAACCUUAGAAAAGUUUGGUGCUAAAUCACUGAUAGGCAAUGCCAUUACGACAAGUUUGCUAAAGGAACUUGGACCAGUCUUAGCAGCAUUAAUGGUAGCCGGGCGUGUUGGCGCAGGUUAUGCAAGCGAAUUAGGGACAAUGGUUGUCACAGAACAAAUUUCAGCCUUACGAGCGCUUGGUUUAAUACAACCUUUAAAAGGCAGCAUUCACGUUCUCGGUGAGCGUAUUGAUGGACGAAAAGAACGAGCGCUCUAUCCUAUUAGAAAAGAUAUUGGCAUGGUCUUCCAACAUGGUGCUCUAUUUGAUAGUGAAACCGUUGAAGCAAAUGUUGGUUUUCGUCUAACUAGAACACCAAAUAUCGACCACAAUAUUAUUGAACAUGAAGUUCAAGAAAAACUCUCUUUUGUAGAUCUACCUGAGUACCGAAAUCGUUUUCCUGGAGAAUUAAGUGGUGGCCAAAAAAAACGUGUUGCCAUCGCGCGAGCAAUGGUAGGAAAUCCAACGAUCAUGCUAUACGAUGAACCAACAACCGGUUUAGACCCUAUUACAGCACGAAAAGUCUUAACCGUCAUCAAACGUAUAAAAGAAGAAUUAGGCACAACAUCACUCGUGGUGACACAUGAGCUUCACUAUGCCUAUUAUAUAGCAGACCGUGUUAUCUUAAUUCGUGACGGAAGCAUUUUUUUUGAUGGCACUACUCAAGCUUUUCGUCAAAGUAAAGACCCUUAUAUUGUCGACUUUCGCUCCUUGGAGACAACAUGA